UUUCCGAUCCUUCUUUAAACUCUUACAAUCCUAACUUCUUCUUCUUCAUUCCCUUACUCAUCAUCGUCUUCGCCGCCACCAACCAUGGAAGCCAGCGCUGGACUCGUCGCCGGUUCUCACAACCGCAACGAGCUCGUCGUCAUUCACGGCCAUGAAGAGCCCAAGCCUUUGAAGAAUUUGGACGGCCAGGUGUGUGAGAUAUGCGGCGACGACGUCGGAAUCACCGUCGACGGCGACUUGUUUGUCGCCUGCAAUGAGUGUGGUUUCCCAGUUUGCCGUCCCUGCUAUGAGUAUGAACGCAGAGAAGGAAGCCAACUCUGCCCACAGUGCAAGACCCGAUACAAGCGUCUAAAAGGAAGCCCGAGGGUGGCGGGAGACGAAGAUGAGGAGGACGUGGAUGACAUUGAACAUGAAUUCAAGAUUGCUGCAGACGAGAAGAACAAGCACAACCAUAUGGCAGAGGCCAUGCUGCAUGGCAAGAUGAGCUAUGGAAGAGGUCCUGAAGAUGACGACAAUGCUCAGUUCCCUCCUGUCAUCGCCGGAAACCGCUCCCUUCCGGUGAGCGGAGAAUUCCCAAUAUCAUCUCAUGGUUACGGAGAGCAGAUGCUAUCAUCUUCUCUGCACAAACGUGUUCAUCCUUACCCAGUUUCUGAACCUGGAAGUGCAAGAGGGGAAUAUGAGAAGAACGAGGAUGGCUGGAAAGAUAGAAUGGAAGACUGGAAACUCCAGCAAGGCAACUUGGGGCCCGAACCUGAUGAAGAUCCAGAUGCAGCCUUGUUAGAUGAAGCGAGGCAGCCACUGUCAAGGAAAGUGCCAAUAGCAUCAAGCAAGGUCAAUCCGUACAGGAUGGUGAUAGUGGCACGUCUUGUGAUUCUUGCAUUCUUCUUGCGAUAUCGAAUUCUGAACCCAGUUCAUGACGCCAUGGGCCUAUGGCUGACUUCCAUUAUAUGUGAAAUCUGGUUUGCUUUCUCCUGGAUCCUCGAUCAGUUCCCCAAAUGGUUCCCCAUCGAUCGCGAAACUUAUCUCGAUCGUCUUUCAAUCAGGUAUGAGAGGGAAGGAGAGCCGAACCUGCUGGCGCCGGUGGAUGUGUUUGUGAGUACGGUGGAUCCGAUGAAGGAACCGCCGUUGGUGACGGCGAACACGGUACUGUCGAUAUUGGCGAUGGAUUAUCCGGUGGAGAAGAUAUCGUGCUACAUAUCAGACGACGGAGCAUCGAUGUGCACGUUCGAAGCACUGUCAGAAACUGCAGAAUUUGCGAAGAAGUGGGUCCCGUUCUGCAAGAAAUUCAGCAUUGAGCCUCGAGCUCCUGAGAUGUACUUCUCUGAGAAGAUGGAUUACUUGAAAGAUAAAGUUCAGCCCACUUUCGUCAAGGAGCGUCGGGCGAUGAAGAGAGAAUACGAAGAGUUUAAGGUAAGAGUGAAUGCACUUGUGGCGAAAGCCCAGAAGGUUCCACCAGGAGGGUGGAUUAUGCAGGAUGGGACUCCAUGGCCAGGCAACAACACCAAAGACCAUCCUGGUAUGAUCCAAGUCUUUCUUGGUCACAGUGGAGGUUGUGACACCGAAGGCAACCUUCUUCCUCGUCUUGUUUAUGUCUCCAGAGAGAAAAGGCCAGGUUUUGCUCACCACAAGAAAGCUGGUGCCAUGAAUGCUCUGGUUCGGGUGUCUGCUGUGCUUACAAAUGCCCCUUUCAUGCUCAACUUGGAUUGUGAUCACUAUGUUAAUAAUAGCAAGGCCGUCCGAGAGGCCAUGUGCUUCUUGAUGGACCCUCAAACUGGAAAGAAAGUCUGCUACGUCCAAUUUCCUCAGAGAUUUGAUGGCAUUGACAGGAACGAUCGUUAUGCCAACAGGAACACAGUUUUCUUUGAUAUUAACAUGAAGGGUCUAGAUGGUAUUCAGGGUCCUGUGUACGUGGGGACAGGAUGUGUGUUCAGGAGGCAAGCUUUAUACGGAUACAACCCUCCAAAGGGUCCUAAACGCCCCAAGAUGGUAAGCUGUGAUUGUUGCCCAUGUUUUGGACGCCGAAGGAAGCAAAAGGAUGCUAAGGAUGGCGCAAAUGCAGAGUCUGCAAUGCUACAACAAGCAGGGAUGGAAGAAGAUAAAGAGUUGCUGAUGUCUCAGAUGAAUUUUGAAAAGAGAUUUGGGCAAUCAUCUAUUUUUGUGACCUCAACUUUGAUGGAAGAAGGUGGUGUGCCUCCUUCCUCAAGCCCAGCAGCUUUGCUCAAAGAAGCAAUUCAUGUCAUAAGCUGUGGCUAUGAGGAUAAAACAGAAUGGGGAACUGAGCUGGGUUGGAUCUAUGGAUCUAUUACCGAGGAUAUCCUUACAGGUUUCAAGAUGCAUUGCCGGGGUUGGAGGUCGAUUUACUGCAUGCCAAGGAGACCUGCAUUCAAGGGUACAGCUCCAAUCAACUUGUCAGAUCGGCUCAACCAGGUGCUUCGUUGGGCGCUGGGUUCAAUUGAGAUCUUCUUCAGUCCUCAUUGCCCUGCAUGGUAUGGCUACAAGGGUGGGAACAAACUCAAGUGGCUCGAGAGAUUUGCCUACGUGAACACCACUGUCUACCCCUUCACCUCCCUUCCUCUACUUGCAUACUGUAUUCUUCCUGCCAUCUGCUUGCUCACUGACAAGUUCAUCAUGCCACCGAUAAGCACUUUUGCCGGUUUGUACUUCGUUGCUUUGUUCUCUUCCAUCAUCGCGACAGGCCUCCUUGAGUUGAAAUGGAGUGGAGUAAGCAUAGAGGAAUGGUGGAGAAAUGAGCAAUUCUGGGUCAUUGGUGGUGUAUCAGCACAUCUCUUUGCUGUCAUACAAGGCCUUCUUAAGGUGCUAGCUGGAAUUGACACCAACUUCACUGUUACAUCCAAGGCAGCAGAUGAUGAGGAAUUUGGAGAACUUUACACCUUUAAAUGGACUACCCUCCUAAUCCCUCCAACCACUAUACUAAUCAUCAAUAUUGUUGGUGUAGUUGCAGGAAUCUCAGAUGCUAUCAACAAUGGCUACCAAUCCUGGGGACCCCUAUUUGGAAAGCUCUUCUUUUCCUUCUGGGUGAUUGUUCAUCUCUACCCAUUCCUCAAGGGUUUGAUGGGUCGGCAAAACCGAACACCGACCAUAGUUGUGAUAUGGUCAGUGCUCUUGGCUUCUAUUUUCUCACUACUUUGGGUGAGAAUUGACCCAUUUGUGAUGAAAACUAAGGGGCCUGAUACCAAGAUGUGUGGAAUCAACUGCUGAAAGAGUGGCUUCUUUUAUGGUAAUUCUUUGAUGACGAACAUCUUAUGUAAGAUCUGUAAAUUCUUGAUUGUAAUAUGGCGUAUGAUGUUUGAACCAGAAAGGUGGAGAAAUGAACUAGGAUGAAUAAGGAAAGAGUGAAAUUUUUGUGUAGCACAGAUUGCAGCAUUCUCAGUUUUGUAAAUGUACUCAAUUACAUGUUUGGCUCAAAUUUGCCCUAAGGAUUGGGAAGUAAAUCAAACCUAUAGAUUUGUCUA